AUGCGCCGCCCUUCCGCAGACCUCUCCGACCCGGCGCGCAACCUCGAAGAAUCCAACGCCCCGGCCUCGGACGACACCAUGGGGAUGGACCUGGACUUGGCCAUGCCUCCGGCCGACGAGGACGUCCUCGACAGCGACAGCCGAAUCUACACGCCGCCGCCCCGCGUCGCCGCCCGCUUCUACCGCCCGUCGCACGCCCGUCGCAGAGACUCGGCCGCCUCGUCGCGGCGCAACUCAAUCUCUUCGGCGCACUCGCGCUGCUCGUCGAUCCAGCAGCACCCUCACUCGCAUACGAACGGCCGUGACAGCGACAGCGACCAGAGCAAGUAUGUCGCACAGCAUCUGCGACGCGCCUCCUUCCUCGAAGAUCGCCGCGCGCGCUUGGCCGACCGCGCCGCCCAUGCGGAAAAGGUGCGCCUCCGUGCCGCCCUGGCCAAGGCGGCCCCGCGCGGGCAGUCGGCCUCGGAGGAGCGCGCGCUUGCCGCCCAGCAGGCCAGGGAGCGCAACCUCGCCGAGAUCGUCGCCAACUGCGCUGAGGAGGUUAGAAAGGCCAAGCAGGUCGCCGAACUGACCAAGGAGAAGCGCGAGCAGGAGGUGGCCAAGAUGAAGGCCAAGAUGGAGGAGCGCAUGGCUGAGGCCGAGAGGCGCCGCGAGGAGCUCCGAAACAAGAGCAACACGGCGCGAAGCCGCGGCCAGAGCGUCAGGAAGACCGUCGAGGUUCUGCCUCAAGUCAAGGAGGGCGACCGCCCGAAGAUGAAGGAAGACGCCGCCGUUGCACAUAUUCAAGGGUGGUGGCGCCUGAAGAUGCGAGGUCGCAUCCUCCAGGAGUUUUACGGCCUUGGCCUGUCGGUCGACGGCAUUCGAGACACCUCGUUCGACACCGUCGUGGAGCUGCUCUCGGAGGAAAACGUCCUGCUCGUUACAGCCCGAUUGCUGCGGAUCUGCGGCCUGCACGAGGGAGCCCCCGGGUCGGUUGAGGAGAUGGCUGCCGUUCGCACCUUUCUGAGCGCGUUUCUAAUUCUCGGCCACCCUAACCAGGUACUCAUCAAUAAGAACGAGGCGGGUGCCGAUGAAGACGACGAUGACGGCCCGCUGUCCGCGCACCGCCUCCCGUCGACGGACCUUGCCAACCCUCAGCUCCAAGAUCUCAUCAGCAAGGCCAAAGAUUUGCUCAUAAACUUCGAAAACAUCCUGGUGCGCCUAACGACCUCGAACCGGUAUACGAUGCCGCCGGCUCUGAAGAAGACGCUUCCCGAAGCAUACGCGGUCUUUUACAAUGCAUUCAUCGCGUGGAAGUCGCGCGAUUCCAACGCGCUCAUAGAAGUCAUGCUCAUGCAGUUUGUCGAGUUGGAUGCCAUCUUCCAGACGGUCAAGGACACGACUGACGACGCAGCCACGGCGCUGUACCGCCAAAGCAUCCAGGACAGCCAGCUGAUGCUCAUUGUGAGAAUCAAGAAGCUGGCCGGGCCGGAGAAGGGCAAGAAGAUGAUCUUCAAGGCCGUGAGCGAGGCGCGCAAGGCUCGCGGCGCCAAGAAACAGACCGGCGACACGAAGCCUCGCGUCGCAGAUACUACGCCCGGCGAUGCCUCUGCGACUGCGAGCAGCCUUGUGUCUGCGGAGUCGCAGACCCUGACCCCCCCUGCGACGCCGGCGAGCAAGAGUGAGGCGAAGCCGACGGUCAUCAAGACAGGGCUCAACGGCCUGCUUCCUGAUAAUCGCGUUGUGGUUCACGAGCUGGCCAUCAACAAAGAGUACCAGAUACCCGCCGAGGAAUACGUUGAGCAGCAGGCCGUUCUCGCGCGGCCUCUGUACAUGCAGAUGCGCGCUGCCAUGGACGAGGGCAACACCGAGGCCAACUUUCGUUUCUUCAUCCUCAUGGCCAGCAACAUCAAGGACAAGCUGCAGCGCCUCCUAAAGCCAGGCAACUCGAUGUACAACCUGAUCGGCGAGAUAUUGGACCCAGAGAUGGCGGAGCGGCAGUUUACGCUUGGCAACUUUUCGUACGAAAAGUUCUUCACUGCCAUGGGAUCACUGCUGCCCAAGCUUUGCGCGCCAUUUCGCGAUGACGAAGUCAAGGACUUGAUCCAGAACAAGCUCGGCGACGGCAACUUGAUCGACCGGGUGGAGGCUCUGAACAGCUUCAUCGACGUGAUGCUUUGCGAUUACAUCAACUACCUGCUCAGGAUCGCAGCGCCGCAGCUGAUCGAAUCGGCCGCCCAGUACGAAGCCAAGAGGUUCACGUCGGACAUUGUGGACGGCGGGAUGAGCCUGAACGUCGCCGAGGCAGCUUGGAAGUCGGCGACGGCUAAGGUCACGGCCGAGGUUCUGAAGCGGGACCCGGAAGGGAUCAAUCACCCCAAAUCGCGGCCGACGGCGGCACGGUUCUACGCGCAGAUGCUGGUGGACGUCUUUACGCAGCCCACACCCAUCUCGGCGGAUCAGGUGCCAGAGAUGCUGCACCUCGACAUGGCGCGUAUCAACAACGUCUCCGUCUCGGUCCAGCGAAUCAUCACGGUAGGCGCCGUGCUGCUCCAGUGCAAGAACCUGCUCAAGCGUGACGUGCGGACGCAAUGGAAGACGGAAGCCUCCCGCAUCAUGUCGGUUUUGGAAGCGAACCACGCAUCGCUCGAGACGACAGUCGAGGGCACCAUGGCCGCGCUCGAAGCAGGCCGUUCCAUGCCCGCCGCCACGAAGACGCACCUUCGCGCGCUGGUGACAAAGGUUCUGAGCGCGAGCCAGGACAUGUCGCGCAAUCGCACGGAGCCGCGCGAGCCUGUCUUGCGUCUUCUCCUGACGCGCCUGCGCGGUAACAUACUCGCGCGGCUGGCACCGGGCUCUGCAAGCGAAAAGGUCAAAGCCGCCAACACGGCCGGCGAGAAGCUGGCUGCCUUGGGGCUCUCGGAGUUCGUAGAGCGGGUGCGGCACAUUUCCGACCUGCUGGACAAGGUCGGCGCGGUGGACAGAGCGGCGCACAGCCCCUGGUGGGAUGCCGUCGCGACGAAGAUCCAGCAAGAGGACUUGCCGGCGGCGCAGUCCUGA